CGAGUCGAUAAAAUGUCCUAAUGCAACAUCGAAAAACGUGCGUAAGCGUGUGCUAAAGCGGCAGUGGUAGUGGGAAAGGACGUUGCAUUCGGCAAGCAAGGACCAUUACAGGACAGGACGUAAGCUCCGGUUUCCGUAACCCUUUGGGCUUUCGCGCGCCGGGAGUGGGGAUAGCAGCCGCGCCACGCUCAAAAGCUUUCCAGCACAAAACAAUCUCAACUGGACUGCAGUUCUGCGAACAGCUAUCCGAUUUUUCUUGAGUUUUGUUUUUUGUUAUAAUUUACUUCUACAUGGUAUGUGAUAUGGAUAACCAACACAGCAACCAUACCAAUGACGAUUCGCAACGUUCUCACAGUGCGGAGCCCAUCAACACAGUGUCCGGAAAUUCCGUUGUCUCGGGUAAUUGUGCCAGUGGUAGUAUAAGUGCAAGGCAAUCGCCGAAAAUUUGUGCACCACCUAUGACCGCCUCCAAUGCCAUUCUGCUCCAGAGGAACUCUUUGUCGCCCUCUGUACCCAGAAAAGUCAUGAGCAAGAACAACAACAACACCAUAUUCCCGACUUCCUAUCCAACAAACUUGGCCGAGCUCCAAUUGUACAGGGUGAUGCAAAAUGCGUCUCUUCUUCUGUAUUACGACACACUUCUGGAAAUGGGCGGUGAUGACGUCCAGCAACUAUGCGAUGCCGGCGAAGAGGAAUUCCUGGAAAUAAUGUCACUGGUUGGUAUGGCGUCAAAACCGCUUCAUGUGAGGCGAUUACAAAAAUCUCUGCAAGAAUGGGUGACAAACCCGACGAAAUUCAAAAUUCCCCUGGCACCAGGCGAAGACUUUGAGCUGGAACUGUCCAGCCCGAGAGUGACGAGCAACCACGGUUUUUACUCUGUAGAUAGCGGCGAUAGCAACAGAACCAUGUACUCCCCUUCCCCUGGUGAUAUUUGUGCCUUACCUCCUGUCUCCAGCCCUGGAUUAACCCUCAGCAAAAGACCUUACUCCCCCUUAGACCCAUCGUGCCCCCCAUCAUCUAGCUCCAGUCCCGGUUCCAGCAUGUCGGUGCAGCUGACGCCAACCCUAAUGGAAAACCAAAUAGUGAAGCUGGCAGCUGCAGCCGAAAGGCUCAGCAAAAGUUUACCAUCUUUCGAACCUAAACCGCACAACACCAAGAAAAAAGUGUGCAAGGAACUUGAGCUGGUGAUGUCGAUGCCUGAGAAUGAUCCGAGAAGAAUGGACGAAAUUAGAAGAUAUGCCGCUAUUUAUGGCAGGUUUGAUUGCAAAAGAAAGCCGGAAAAACCUUUGACACUGCACGAGGUUUCCGUUAACGAAGCGGCUGCCCAAAUUUGUAGGUUUAUCCCGGCCCUUCUUACCAGAAGAGACGAAUUAUUCCCUUUAGCUAGACAAGUAGUCAAGGAUUCUGGAUGUUACUACUCCAAAACCCAGUUGUCUUCAGUGUAUAUGAACAAAACUAUGGGUCAGGAUUUGAUGGACUCGAUGAACAGGGGCAGUCCUAGGAUAGUAACCUCGGAUAGCGACGGUCAUGUAAUAAAAAAGCCAAAGUUAGAGCCGGUUUCUGAUUGCGAUGACCAACGUCAGGAUUCUUGCUAUGAAGACGCUGUUGUCAUGAGAAGUUCUCUUCAUUCCUUGUUUCAAAACCAUUCCAAGAAUAAUUCUAGGGGCACACGUAGAUCUUCAUUAGGAUUAGAAUUAGAAGAUAACGACUCCCACUUUUCAUACAGCAAUUCUAGUUCACCUAAGUUUGGUCAAGAGCAAGACGGUUCCAGCGGAAACUCUUUGCACAAAAAGGCAGAAAGUCAGGGAGACGUGGAGGAGGAUUUGAGCAAGUUUUCUCCAAAGGUCCAAGUUAUAGCUGCUAGCGGGGACAAUAUUAUAGCUGUUGCCAAUCCAGCUUUGGCUAUGUCUCCAGCUAUAAUCCAACCGAUCGCUGCUUUGAAAGAAUCCCGAAAUAAUUCCGACAAAGAAUGACUUUUGUUUACUGAUUUAUAUACACUUCAUACUGUGAUUUAACUAUAUUUUUAACAAAACUUGUUAGUUGACUGACUACUUUGUAAUUUAAUUAUUAAUAGUGAAUGUU